UCUGUCGUAUUUUGCUGAAAAUAAACCUGAAUGUUAGCUACGCGUUGCUAUAUAAAACGAAACGCAUAUUUCUGUCUAAAUUACCAUUUAAAUAACAUUGUAUAAAUCGAGUUUUUAUACACUAUAGUUGCUGAUUCCUGACACGGUUUUAUUAAGAUAAAGCAAUGCAAUAAUUUGCAUCUAACAUAGAUAACAGUUAGACUAUGGUUAAAACGUUAGCUAGCUUACAUUGUAUUUAACAGUUUGUGCUACCUGAAUAAUCGUAGCUGGCGAGUGAUGUUGCAGUAAACGUUACAUAGAAUAUCCAAAAUGUAAGCAUGAGCUAGUUCACCGACUGAAACGUAAUAUUUCAGAAUAUUUUGGAGUUAUUUGUGUAGCGAAGAUAGCCACCUAGGAGCUGUUGCAGAGAGUUCAGAAUGACUAACGAAGAGCCUCUUCCUAAAAAGGUUCGCCUUAGUGAGUCAGAUCUGAAGAGCUUGACCCGAGAAGAGCUUUGCGUGCGGUGGAAACAGCACGACGCAUAUGUCCAGGUCCUUGAGGCAAAAUAUGCUGAUUUAAAUUCGAACGACGUGACCAGCCUGAAGGAGUCUGAGGAGAAGCUGAAGCAGCAGCAGCAGGAGUCUGCCCGCAGGGAGAACAUCCUGGUGAUGCGCCUCGCCACCAAGGAGCAGGAGAUGCAGGAGUGCACCACUCAGAUCCAGUAUCUCAAGCAAGUCCAACAGCCCAGCACUGCUCAGCUGCGAACGUCCAUGGUGGACCCGUCCAUCAACUUGUUUUUCCUUAAAAUGAAGAACGAACUGGAACAGACUAAAGACAAACUGGAGCAGGCCCAAAAUGAACUGAGUGCCUGGAAGUUUACUCCUGAUAGUCAGACGGGGAAGAAGCUGAUGGCGAAGUGCCGCAUGCUGAUCCAGGAGAACCAGGAGCUGGGCCGGCAGCUCUCCCAGGGCCGCAUCGCCCAGCUGGAGGCCGAGCUGGCCCUGCAGAAGAAGUACAGCGAGGAGCUCAAGAGCAGCCAGGACGAGCUUAACGACUUCAUCAUCCAGCUGGACGAGGAGGUGGAGGGCAUGCAGAGCACCAUCCUGGUGCUGCAGCAGCAGCUGAAGGAGAGCCGGCAGCAGCUGUCCCAGCAGGGCCCCGGCCCCGGCCGAACGUCCCCCCUCCCGGGGCCGCCCGCCCCGGAGCCCGCCGGGAAGGAGGGCGCGCGCGUGGCCAACGGACCCAGCAACGGCAACCCCGCCCAGAGGACGUACCGCCCGCCCUGCAGCGCCGACGAGGACUCCGCCCCCUCCCCCUCCCCCUCCGCCAAGCUGGCCAAUCACGCGGAGGAGCGGGCGGGCCGCGGCGCGGCCGGGGGCGGGGCCUACACGAACCCGCUGAGCGCGGGGUACGAGAGCGUGGACUCCCCCACGGGCAGCGAGACCUCCCUCACGCAGCACUCCAACGACACGGACUCCAACCACGAAUCGCAGGACGACAAGGCCGCCAGCAGCAGCAGCGGCAGCAGCAAGAGCUCUAGAACUGCAGGGCCCCGCCACGCCCAGAACGGCCUGGACCCCUCCACUGCCACCGCCAUUUUGUAACUCUACACAUUCAGCGUAUUUUUUUUUACACA